AUGGACGUGUUCACCUCAGAAAACGACCAAUGCGAUCGUCUUAAGACGCCCUCAUAUCUUGAACUCGUCGUGUCUAUUGUUCUCUUGCUUGGCAUUCUUGUGUCCUAUCUUCCCCAGCACUAUCGCAUCAUUUCCCGGGGCACUUCUGAAGGCAUCUCUCCCUAUUUCGUACUUCUAGGAACCACAUCUGCUACCGCCGGUUUUGCAAACAUUCUCACUGUUCCGCCGUCUCGUGCCGCCAUAGGAUGUUGCAAAGAGCUCGGCAAAUUUGAAUGCACGGCUGGCCUACUUGGUGUUGCUCAGCUUGGUGCUCAAUGGGUUUGCUUCAGCCUCAUUCUCGUUCUUUUUCUCAUCUUCUUUCGAUAUAGACAAGCCAAUGUUCCACCAGAGGACCUGCGCGGAGACGCACCCAAAUGGCAGACUGCUGUCAUGGUGGGACUAGUUUGUGUCCUUCACGGCCUCAUUGUGAUUUUUUUGACUGGAGUAUUCUUUAUUGCACUUCCCGACCAUCUCGUGUUCUGGGCCAAUUUCCUCGGUGUCAUGGCCACAGUUUUGGCUACUAUACAAUACGUACCACAGAUCUGGAUGACUUACCACCUGAAGCAUGUUGGAAGUCUUAGCAUCCCUAUGAUGUGCAUUCAGACUCCAGGUGGUUUCCUUUUCGCCGGAAGCCUGUUUGCUAGACUUGGAUGGGAGGGUUGGAGCACCUGGUUCAUCUACUUGAUCACUGCAUCCAUGCAAGGAGCGGUCCUUUUCAUGGGUGUCUACUACGAGUACAUGGCCCGACAACGUGGCGGACAUGGCAACGGUCAUCUUGACAGCGCACCUCACUCGCCUGUAGAAUAUUCGAGCGCCCCCCGAAGGCCACCACCAGGCAGCCGAACCUACUCCGAAGGCUGGGAGCGUGGUCUUCCAGGGCCCUUCACUGGCCAUCCUGAGCGAUAUGCAGAAACAGAAGAAGAUUUGGACGAUAUCCAAGAGCGCGAAGAACGUGCCAUUCAGAGAGAAAACCAACCCUUGUUAAAACCUGGCGGCAUCGGUAACCCUCACAGGACAUACGACGGCACCGAACAGUCAUAA